AUGCCACCACGUAUUGACAAGUUCCCGACCGAAGGAUUAGAAGGUGUAAUGAGUAGAGAUAUAGGUUGGCACUUUGGAGAUCCAGUUCCAAAUACGAAAGGAAAUGUUGUAUGUAAACUUUGUGGAAAAGUUGUGAAAGGAGGAAUAACACGGUUUAAAGAGCACAUUGCUCAUAAAAUCGGUGAAGUCGCACCAUGUCCUAAUGUCACUGGUAUCAUUAGAGAAAGCAUGAUGAAAUUACUUAAAGAAGCCAAGGAAAAGAAAAUGGACAAAAAAAUGAGAACAUAUGAAUUUUUAUCACAAUUAAGGGAAGAAGAGGAUGAAUUAGUAUAUGAUGUUUCUGCUAUGAGACAAGCCACUCAAGAAAGGCGAUCUUCUUCUCUUGGAUCACGUGGAAGAUAUCGUGAAGAAAGAUCUGAAUUUAGUUUAAGGGGAGCUAUACCUGAAUUGGUUAAGAGCAAAAAAUCAAGACAACCAAAGGUUAGUGAGUCUAUUUUAAAGACAUUGCGUAAAAAGAUGGGUGAAGCGGUCUCAAAAUUUAUAAUAUACGAUCGCCUUCCUUUUCAAUUAGCAAGCUCGUCUUGGUUGUAUAACUUAAUUCAAGUAUCAAUGGAAGUUGGAAAAGGUGUAAAGCUCCCAACACCUUAUGAGAUUUCAUAUGUGUAUUUGACAUCGGAGUAUGAACAAGUUCGUGAAUGGGUAAAUGAACUGAAGACGCAUUGGAAACCACUAGGUACAACUCUGAUGUGUGAUGGUUGGACCAAUAGUUUAAAUCAAAUGCAUAUCAUCAACUUCCUUGUUUAUUGUAGUAAAGGAACUGUAUUUUGGAAAUCUGUGGAUGUCUCGAGCGUUCGUAGUAGAGAUGAUGAAUUCUACUAUAAUUUGUUAGACAAAGUUGUUGAAGAAAUUGGGGAAGAAUACAUUAUCCAAAUAGUGACCGACAAUGAGGCAGCAAUGAAAGCCGCUGGGAAAAGAUUAAUGUUGAAAAGAAACCAUCUUUAUUGGACCUCAUGUGCAGCUCACUGCUUAGAUUUAUGUCUUAAGGAUAUUGGAAAAAAGUCUAGUGUAGCAAAAGUGUUAGAGGAAGCGAAGAAAGUGUUAGAUUUAUGCCUCAUUUCAUACAACUUGAGGAGAUAA